AUGUCCUUGAAACCAUCAGAGCCCAACAACUCCUCCACUUCCCGGCAAUCACCCAUACCGGAUACCAAGGACUGGGUAAAGGCAUCUAAAGAACUCGAAAGACUUAGGCUUGAUGAUACCUGUCGAGAAAACGAAGUGUACGCUUCUGCUGUAACUUCAAAGACUGAAGUUUCCAGAGCACACAAAAACGCAGGCACAGCACUAAAGGCCGAAACGGUUGGGCGGCUCUGGGAAGGCAUAACAGAAGAGGAUGAGCAUCCAGAGGGAUGCAUGUGUUGGACUGUUGAGGCUCAAUAUCCCUCAAAGAUGCGGUCGCAGAUAUGA